AAGUCCCUCUCGCUUCUUCUCCCCACUUCUACUUUACUCUCUCUCCUGCCUCUGGUCUGCUCUGUUCUCGGCUCUUGUCUGUCCUUCAGAACGCAGCGUUUUGGGGUCCGUGAUGAUCUUUUGGUGAUUGUAAAGACAUGGGUUCUUGUGUUUCAGUCCAUAGAAAUCCACACUCCGCCAUGAAACUCAAGGUCUCAUUUGGGUCUAAGGCUGACAAGCUCGUCAUCCCUUCUCCCAUCAAGGACCAUCCCUCCAUUGCUGAACCUCCGAUCGGCGGACUUUCUCACAAGGCUCAGUGGUCUCCUUCUCAGCCAAUCACCCCCUUCCGUGACUUUGGCAGUAAAGAGGAGAUAUUUUUCGAUUCCCAACCUUGGCUAGAGUCAGACUCUGAUGAUUUCCACAGUGUCAAUGGUGAUUUUACACCAUCUCGUGGCAAUACCCCAGUCCAUCCAAAUGUCUCCAUAGGAACUCCUCACGCCAAUAAAGCCCCUUUUGAGAACAGAGUGCCUGCUUCUAUACCUACACCAUCCCCAACAGGAAGGAAAAAGAAGCUUGCUGAACUUUUUGAAGAGAGCAUCAGAAAUGACAUGGAUGGUAAUGAUGAAAAUAUUUUAGGAAAGCAAAAUAUGUCCAAUGGAAAGAUGGAAGUUAAGCGAACUAUACUUGACUUCCCUCCUGAAUCUGCAAAUGGUACCCCCCUUGCCUCUGGUCCCAACUCUGUGUGUAGUGGUGGAAGAACUCCAAAUGGUGAUUUCAAAUCUGAGAAGGAGAAACCCCUUAGGUCUACACAAUGUUGCCUUCCGAGCUUGCGUUCAAACCGAAGCUUUAACGAGAGGAAGAAGAAGAUGAGCCCUGCUGUUGCUGUAAAUGAUAAACCUUGAUUGUUGCUGUAUCUAGUAAAACAGAGAUGGAAGAAGCCAGAAUCUUGAAUAUCUGAGUUGUUAAUUAAUCACUGCAUUUAAACGCCCAUCAAAUUAUGUAAAGACAAAGAGAAUUGGUGUAUAGUGUACUGAAUGAGAUUUUGGAUUCAAGGGCAUGUAUAAAGGCAUAAGGGAGAAGGUGUUUUGUGUCUUGAAAGACUCCACUGAGGAUUUUACUAUCUCACUCAAUCCCAAGGUGAAGUAGCAUCUUCAAUUUGAUGGUUGCCUUUUUCUUUUCUUUUCUUUUCUUUUCUUUCUGUCCCUCCUUUUCUUUUCUUGUCUUGUGUUUGUUUAAAUGGAAAGUUGAUACCUGAUAGGGACUUUAGGGGGGAGAAAACUUGAAUGGCCCUUGUAAUGAAGAUAAAUAUUUAUUAUGAAAACUAGGUUAUAUGCUCAA